CCGCGACGUGACGUCAUCAGAAGACGUUAAACAUGGCCGACAGUGAGUGGUAGACGGUGAAAGUUAGCAAGAGGCGUUGGUAAAGUCUGGGAACUUCUAAGCGUUUGCUGCUGGUAUUUGGAGUUUGUAGUGCUCUGCAUCAGUAUUUUUAUAUUUGGAUACAUCCCACACCUGAACUGGACAUUCAAGUUCAGUUCAGUUCGUCCGCAAAGGCCUUACUAAACCGGGCACUAGCCCGCAGUGUUAGCCACGUUAGCAGCCGAACCAGCGCCUGCUUUUGUUUUUGUCAGGAGGUAUGCGCUAGAAGGCUACUAUUGUGAGGCCUUUUAGCCUUUUUUUUACGUCGCCUUAUCUCUUAAAAACUACAGCUUUUCUGAACUGAACGGUGUAUUUGUUUAGUCUAACCCCAGAGCUUUUUAUAUUGUACCGCGGGUGGGGUCCAACCCGUCUCGCAGCGUGUUGGCAGUGCUGUUCAUUCAAGGCCAACUUCGCAACAAAGCCAUAGUUCCCAGAAAACUGACGGACACAUACUCGCUUUUGAGUUGCUGGACUGUGCCUGUGUAUGAACAUUACACCCAGGAAACAUGGACCCAAAGCGUGCACACGGAAAACCUCAGUCGAGCGGCGGCGGCGAUGGCAGCAGCGGCGACUCCAGCUGCGGCAGCCCCGCGUCCCCUUCCAGCAGCCCCGCGCCGACAGCCAGCAAAGCCCCGGUGCCCGGAGGCAACGUGUUCGCUAACGACGGCAGCUUCAUGGAGAUGUUCAAGAAGAAGAUGGAGGAGGAGAAGAGGAAAAAGGAGACGCAGCAAACAGGUGGAGACGCGAGAGCCACCGAGCAAGGACAGACAUCAGUGGAAAAGAAGCCCCCUCCCGUGACGAGCUUUGUGGGGAAGCGCAGAGGCGGUGUGUUCCUAAAGACCGGCAUGGUUGCGAAGAAGCAGAAACAGGACACAGACGUUGAGCCAGGCAAGAGCGAUGCUUGGUCAAAGUACAUGGCUGAGGUGAAAAAGUACAAAGCCCACCAGUGUGGCGACGACGAUAAAACCAGGCCUCUGGUCAAGUAGGCUGCUAAAGGUGAACAUGAAAUGACAGCGUUUAAAGUGGGGGGGGAAAAAACCAUCUGGGAGAAGUUCCAGCCAGUCCUGACCUUCUCAUACUGCCAGUAACCAAGUUACCCUUCACAUGAGUCUUUCACAAACUGCUUAGACUGACACACCUUUUCUCCCUUUUUUGUAUUGGUUUUGUCUUUGCUUGUUAUUUGGUGGACGUCAGUGAUUUGAUCUGGUGUCAAAAGGUGUUUCAGAAACUUGACAUUCAUCAUUAUUGUUAAAUCUGUUCAAAUUUGUCAUGUCUGCUUUAUGUUAGAGUUCAGUAAUAAUUUGAUUUAAUAGCCAAAUCAAGGUUUCAAUUAAAUCUACACUGCCUAUUUA